AUGAAAUUUAUAUACAGUUUUUUAAUUUUAAUUUGUAUUUCAAUAAUUACUGUCAAGUCUCAAGAAGAAAAUAAGUUUAACUAUUUUCAAAUUAAAAAAGAUGGAGACCCAGAGUCUUGUAGAACCCAUGAAGAGGGUGACUAUGCAUUAGUAGAAUUAUUUGAAUGCAAACGUGGUUGUCAAGGUUACAUUAGAAUAAUACCCAAAUUUUUGUUAAACGAAUAUUUAUUUUAUUUUUCCCAAUUUACUGAAUGUCCAGAUACAAUCCAGCCAAUAACCUUUGAAUGCAUAGACCCAUCCAAUGAUUUUAUCAAAAUUGGUUCAUCUGGUUUCAGUGUAUUAUGUAGCACCAAUAAAAACAUCACUACUCCAACACCAUCAGAAACACCCACAAUAACAGAAACACCAUCUAAUACACCAUCGGUAACACCUAAUGAAACUACCACACCCAAACCAACAGUAUCAAAUACACCAACACCAUCUCCUACACCAAAACCAACAGAAACCGCAUCUAACAAUCCAACAGAAUCACCAGCUGGUAAUGGCUCUCAUAAACUUUCAAUUUAUUUAUCAUCUCUAUUAGUAUUUUUAAUAAUUUCAAUGUUAUUAUAA